AUGCACGAAUACCUCACCCACCGAACCAAUUCACUCGAUAUCCCAGAACGUAGAACGUUCAACGCGCAAAGAAUGCGGGCGCAGUGCGUGACUGCGGAAAGCUCACAUGACUGUGACAUACUCGCGGAAUUUUUCACGCUCCUGUCUCGAGACUCGAGAGUCGACGUUGGUACAAACCGAACGGUCUAUCGAUAUUACCUGCAGAAUCCAAUGCCCCAACAAGCCAGAACUGUCGUGGAUCCGUUCGAAUUUCGCCCCUGUGAAGUGUGUGGCAUCUCUGGAAAUGUAGAGGAGGUGGACAUCUCCGGCCGCGAGUGCAGGACUCCCAGCCAUCAUCCGUGCCCUCCUUGCGUCCGACUCGGCGCAGUUGACACGAGGAUCUUGGAAACAAGAGCAAUAUUGAAGCAACUCUACCAAGAGCGAUGCGACAUCAAGCUCCAGCGGAACGAGUUCCACGACGAACUCGUCCAUCAUCUACCCCUCGAAAUCCUCUCCCGCAUCUUCUGUUUUUGUAUGCGAGAUGGAGGUCCGACCACUGUCUCGUACAAAGCACGCCGUUCGCUAUGCGGAUUGCGAACAAAGCCUACAGGGUUCACCCUGAGCGAGGUAUGCCGGCGCUGGGCCAGGAUUGCGCGAUCCACACCGCAGUUGUGGACGAGGGUGUCGAUCAAGAUUCACCGAAGGAACGUCCCACUCUAUGCGCAGAUCACCAGCGCGUGGCUCGCACGUACAGGAAGCCUGCCACUCACCCUCGACAUCUACCAGCCGACCAGGUGGAGAGUAGACAAGUCAGAAUGGGCGAACUUCGACGCAACACCCAUCUUCGCCGCCAUCAACAAGCAUUCCAGUCAAUGGCAGACCGUUUACGCUCGUGUUCAUUCCUCUUUCCUGGGCCUUCUCCAGGGUGAUGGGUCCGGCGCACCAUUGUUACGCAGGCUCGAUAUUUCAACCAUCGACUCCACCGCACCGGUGUUCAUGUUGACAAAUUCUGUACCUCGGCCAACACAUGUCAGCCUGAAUCGCAUUCGCUUUGACUCGGUGUCGAUCGCAUGGGACACCGUUACGCAUAUCACGGUCACCUAUCUCCCCCUCCGUGAGGUCCUCCAGCUCUUCCAAUACGCCGAAAAUUUAGUCGAGUGCACCAUUCAAACUAUCGACAGCUCCGACUUUGAGGACAUCACCGCCCCGCCUCAAUCCCUCGUGCUCCGCUCCCUUCAGUCGCUCCAUGUUCAAUGGAGCGAUGUCCCUGCAGUCCUUAUCGACGCUCUUACUGUUCCCGCUCUCUCAAAAGUGUACAUAAAGGCGCCGUUGGACGCCGUAUCAGCCAUGGUCGUUCGGUCGGGUUGCAUGUUGACGAGCCUUACUAUCCAGGAUCCAGGAAGCGGAACUGACGGACUCCUCGAGCUCCUGGAAAACACCCCUCUGCUCGACAAACUUUCGGUCGAUGGUACCUACAUUGACGAUUCAUUCUUCGCCCGUCUCAGUUCAACGGCGUUCUUCGAUCCCGCCAACUCACGCAACUCAUUUCUGCCCCAUCUCUCCUCGCUGACCCUCGUGUCUACCCCCUCGUUUGAAUGGGAAGGCAUUCCGCCCAUCUUCCUCUCAGAGCCCGAGAAUUCGGAAUGGCAUCGUCGACCGCUUUCGAAAUUCUGGCUUGACAUUGCCGACCCAGACCACCUCCAUAGACUUGAGUGGGACGUGUUAGAACCGGUCGAUCCAGGAGUCAUCGCGAGCCUGAAGUUGGUCAAGGAGAGUGGGGUGGACAUUAGAAUCUGUGAUUCGAUUGAGGUGCCCUUAUUUUGA